CUGCCACCAAGUGGCAGUUGAAAGACGUUCCAUUACGCUUAGUCCCUAUCUCGGUAACUCUAUUUACUCUCCACACUUCCCAGACCGGCGGGCGAAGUACUGCGAGCUACCAUAAUAAAGCAAAGCGACUUGUGUGGUCGCCAUGUUCAACGUCAAGACGCGCGACCACCUGCGCCGGAUUGAAACCGGGAAACUCUCGAGUCCGCCCAACGGCAAUACCAGUAGCACCAGCGCCAGCGGCUACGUCGCCAACCCCGACGACAUGGACGACGACGGUGAGCGCAGACCUCUUCUAGUGCACCAGCACCACACCCACUCCACCCUGCGGCCCGAGCCUGGCUUCUGGCGCCACCUCCUCUUCAACCGCCAGAGCAGCCCCGGAAUCCACCACGCGAACCCCCUGGUGCGCUGGCCGGCCCGGGCAUGGAACGUGACCAAGGUUACGUUGUUUAGCUCCUGGAUCAAUGUCCUCCUAGUCUUCGUGCCGCUCGGCAUCGUCGCCGGCAUGCAGGAAUGGAGCGCCCCCUCGGUUUUCACCCUCAACUUCUUCGCCAUCAUCCCGCUGGCUGCCGUCCUCUCGUUUGCCACCGAGGAGAUUGCAGCCCGCCUGGGCGAGACGCUCGGCGGCCUGGUGAACGCGACCUUCGGCAACGCCGUCGAGCUGAUCGUUAGCAUCGUCGCGCUGCGCGCCGGCGAGAUCGAGGUCGUGCAGGCGUCCAUGCUGGGGUCCAUCCUGUCCAACCUGCUCCUCGUUCUCGGCAUGUGCUUCUUCCUCGGCGGCAUCAACAACAUGCGCGACCGCAACGGCAACGGCAUAGAACAGAGCUUCGCCCAGGGCACCGCCCAGACGACCUGCUCGCUCAUGGCCCUCGCCUCGGCCUCCAUGAUCCUCCCCGCCGCGCUCUACGGCGUCCUCGACCGCGCCGACCAAGAGAACAAGGAGGCCAGCAUUCUGAUUCUAUCGCGCGGCACCGCCUUGGUUCUGCUGUCACUUUACUGCCUCUACCUCGUCUUCGCCCUGCGGACGCAUAAGCAGUUGUUUGAGCCCGAGACGCAGAACGCCUCGGCCGACGGCAACGAGGCGGAACACGAGCCCCUUCUGAGCCCCUGGGCAGCCGCCCUCGUGCUGGUGGCCGUGACCCUUAUCAUCUCGGUUUGCGCCGACCACAUGGUGAACAGCAUCGACGCGUUGGUCGCGACGGGCAAGAUCAGCAAGUCCUUCAUCGGCCUGAUCCUGAUCCCCAUCGUCGGCAACGCCGCCGAGCACGUCACGGCCUGCGUGGUGGCCAUCAAAGACAAGAUGGAUCUGGCGAUGGGCGUGGCUAUCGGCUCGAGCAUCCAGAUCGCCCUGCUCGUCACGCCCGCGCUGGUCAUGCUCGGCUGGGCUAUCGGUCAGCCCAUGACGCUGCAUUUCGAGACGUUCCAAACCAUUGCAUUCGCGCUGUCUGUCCUCGUCGUAACCUACACCGUCCAAGACGGCAAGUCCAACUACCUCGAGGGCGCAAUGCUCUUGGGCCUCUACAUGAUCAUCGCCCUCGCCUUCUUGGCUAGCCCGACGGAUGCCCUCCACAAGCUUUCUUCUUCGCUUUCGCUUCCUUGGCAGUGACACAUCGUCCAUUCGCGAUGUCCAUUCCCGCUACCAUUACCGCCAUCAUCAUCAUCAUCAUCAUCAUUACCAGCGGGCUAACUUCCUACGGCCCGAUCUGGAUUGAAUAUA